AUGAUCUCAAGUUUGGAUAAAAUCAUUCUGGUAGUAGGAGAAUUCAUAAUUGGAAUGUUGGGGAAUGGGUUAAUUGGACUAGUUAACAGUUCUGAAUGGGUCAAGAACCAAAAGACCUCCUUAGCUGACUUCAUCCUCACCUGCUUGGCUAUCUCCAGAAUCAUUCAAUUGUUGGUGUUAUUGUUUGAUAUAUUUAUAAUGGGGCUAUUUCCACAAAUGUAUGCCACUUACAGACUAGGAAAACCUAUUAACAUUCUUUGGAGAAUGAUGGAUCACUUAAAUAUCUGGCUUGCCACAUGCUUAAGCAUUUUAUACUUCCUUAAGAUAGCUCACUUUUCCCACUCCCUUUUCCUCUGGCUCAAGUGGAGAAUGAACAGAGUGAUCCUUGUGCUUUUUAUAUUUGCUUUGUUAUUAUUGACGUUUGAUCUUCUAUUGAUAGAAAUAUUUAAUGAUUUCUGGUUGGAUAUCUAUAUGGUAGAGAAAAGUAAUUUGACUUUAUAUUUAGAUAAAAAUAAACCACUCUACGUUAAAAACCUGACUCUUCUUAGCUUGAUCUAUUUCAUCCCCAUUGUUCUGUCCUUGGCCUCACUGCUCCUUUUAUUUCUAUCCUUGGGGAGACACACCAAGAAUUUGCAGCUCAUUGCCCUCGGCUUUAGGGAUCUCAGCACAGAGGUCCAUCAAAGUGCCAUGAAAAUGGUGCUGUCUUUCCUCUUCCUCUUCAUAGUUCACUUUUUUUCCACGCACAUAGCAAAUUGGUUGUUCUUUUCCUUGCAGAACCAUGCAGGCGUUAACUUUGUCAUGUUAGCAUUAGCCAUUUUUCCCUCAGGCCACUCAUUUAUUCUGAUUUUGGGAAACAGCAAGCUGAGACAGACAGUCUUCAGGGUUUCCGCGUCAGUUACGAGCGCAGCAUUCAACAAAGUCUCGCGAGAUUGGGAGCUCGUCGCCAGCAGCUCCGCUUCCCAGUUGGGCCGCUGA